UGGCCACGCAGCCACACGCUGGCUUGCAUGACACGUGUCUGCUGCGGGUCAGCAGGGAGCUCCUGGACAGCAGGGGCGGGCGAGGGGAGGCGUCCGCCGAAGCGAGCCCCGGAGAGCAGCCGAGAGCUUGGCUCCCCAGCUCCCACCAGCAGCCAGAGGCUGGAUUUGCGGGCCCGGCGUUCAGCCCGGAGCGGAUUUCCCUGGGCAAGGCGGAGGCGCAGGGAGGAGUGAAGCUGGUUCCGUGCCCGAGGAGGAAAGCAGAGCGCGCUGUCGGAGAGCGCGGCAGGCUGGGGGCGGGCUGCGGGCAAGGGGCGUGGGUGGGGCCGGCUGGAAGUGACACCCACGCCGCCUCCCGAGAGAGGGGGCUCUGACUUUGCCCCCCCAAGCCUGGUCCGCUCUGUUGUCCAAAGGAUGCUUCGUCCCCUCUGCCGCAGGACCCUGCCCUCGAGCUUCGCCGUCCCUGCCCCGCAGCCAGCGGCGUAAGCGGGUCCGCCCCGGGGACUCCUGUCCAGGAGCUGAAGCCGCGGGUCCGGAGCGCAGACCCAACCGGGAGCGCCCUGGCGCGGGGGGCGUCGGGCUCGGAUCCCACCCCUCCAUCUCGAGCUACCGCUUAACACCCUCGCCCGGGACCCGGCUGCGGAUCGGGGCCGCCCUGACUGCGGGGCGGGGUGGCUUCGCGGCGCCCAGCGAGUGGCGAGCCGGCAGCUGCGCGGAUCCGAAACCCACCCCCGCCCCCGGCCGAUGCUCCCCCUGGGCCGUGAUGCUGCGGGAAGGAGCCGGGGCGCGCAGGAAACAUGAGCCUGCAGGAGACGCGAGAUCAGGGCUGAAGUCUCCGCUCCAGCAUCGUGUGCGCGCUUCCCCCGCGCAGCCGGGCUGUUAGCCGCGCAGGGGCCACCUGAGCCCGGCCAGACCUCCCGAGGAGCCUGCGAGCUGCGCCCGGCCGUGCGCCCCCCGCCACCUGCCAGCCUCCCGGGGUGCCCCUACGGAAGAGGCCGAAGGGCAAACGCCAGCCCGCAACGCCUGCGCUCGGAGCGCCGCUGCGCCUCGCUGGGAAGCGCCCAGGGCUGGGUCCCUGGAAGGGGGGGCCGGCGGGGGGGCCGAUUUGCUGCUGAUCGGAAGUUCCUGACAAUAAGGCACCUUCAUCUCUCCAGAGGCGGAGGGCGCGGGCGAGCCGCGGCAGGCGGAGGAGCGACGGGGGAAGAGGCGAGCUGAUGCCGGAGGGAGCCACUCGGAGGAGGCAGACCCGGCAGGCUCGCAACUUCUCAUCUUUGUUUAUCAGCGCCAAGCGAGCUCGCUGGAAAGCCGCGGGGCUCGGCGGCCGGGUCCUGCCCAUGUCAAGCCUGCGGCUGGGGAUUUCGCUCCGUUAACUUGGCCUGCCCCCGCCUCCCUCAGCGAUGCCUUCACUGCUCUCCGCCUGCACUUGCUUAUGUUUCCAUUCCCUGCUGCUGUGCGCUCAGGUACAGAUGUUCGUGGCCGAAGAGAAUGUGGAUUUUCGGAUACACGUGGAGAAUCAGACGCGGGCAAGGGACGAUGUGAGCAGGAAACAGCUCAGACUUUACCAGCUGUACAGCAGGACGAGUGGGAAACACAUCCAAGUUCUAGGCAGGAGGAUCAGUGCCAAGGGGGAAGAUGGAGACAAAUAUGCCCAGCUUCUAGUGGAAACAGACACAUUUGGCAGUCAAGGAAUUUUCAGUGGUUCUCUAGCAACCACCUUCAUAAUUAUGUCUGCCCUUGCCCCGAGCUACAAAAUAGGAGGGAGGCCACGCAAGGAAGACCCUGUGGAGAAGGCACCAGCCCUGAGAGAAAGAGGAAGGGCAGGGGUGAGGCUACUGGUCCUCUGGAUGUCCUUUAAGCCUGACGGCACCAGCAAAGAAUGUGUCUUCAUUGAGAAAGUCCUAGAAAACAACUACACAGCACUGAUGUCUGCAAAAUACUCUGGCUGGUAUGUUGGAUUUACCAAAAAGGGAAGGCCGCGGAAAGGGCCCAAGACCCAGGAAAACCAGCAAGAUGUGCAUUUUAUGAAAAGGUACCCAAAGGGCCAAGUGGAGCUACAGAAACCUUUCAAGUACACCACAGUGACCAAGAGGACUAAGAGAAUACGACCUACAAACCCCAGUUAAAAGACAGACAAAACCAGUGUCACAAUAAUAAACCACAAAAAGACUGCACCAGAGGAAUAUUUUUACAUUAAAAAUAAGGAAGAAGCUUUAUUUUUGUACAUUGUGUUUAAAAAAUUUAAAAAAUAAAUAAAAAAAGACUGGAUGGCAAACGCUGGGGGAAGCUGUUAGGGAUUUCUUGUGACUUGAAAAACAAAAUGAACUGCUCUAUUUAAAUUGACUUCUUGUUGUUGACACAUAGGUGCUUAGUUCUCUUUUGGAACGGACAACUUUUCAGGCAGAUCCCUAGAGGAAAAACAAUUACGAUUAAAUAAAGUCAAACCAAAGAAAACCAAAGUUCUUUCCCAAAGUUACUGACACCCUGCCCUGAAAAAAAUCACCAGUUUUGCAGUAAUCUAUUUAUUAUCUGCUGCAAACUGUCCCGAGACAAGAUGGUGUGCGCCGCAGUGAUUGAGUUUCGGUGGAGUUCUCGAUGCAUCGAUCUUCUGUAACCUUUCUCAUGACAUAAGGUGUCACGGCUCUGUGAUCCUGCAUUAUGCUCAGUUCUGGAGAAUGCUGCUAACUACAUUCAAGUGACUAAAAAUGACCUAAUACACCAAUGAUAAGGGAAUAUUUUAAAACCAGCUAUAUUAUAUAUAUUAUAUAUAUAUAAGCUAUUUAUUUCAUCUCUCUGUAUAUUGCAGUUCCAUGAACCAAGUAUUACUGCCUCAACAAUUAAAAAAUUAUUUAAA